AUGAGCUCGACCAGUCUAGUUCGACCGGGCCUGACCACUGCCAUAGUGGGGCAUCUACCAGCGAUCAAAUCGCGACUUCGCAAGAAGGUUGCCCAGUUGACAUUCGUGGAUGUCCGCCGAGCCCGACUGCCACUGUACGAAGCCCUGGUGAGUGAUUUGUACGAGUCGGGCUACAUUAACGCAGCCUAUCUGCUGCUAGAGCUGAUUGAGUUCGAACACGAUCACGUCCCACAAACAUCCGAUCCUGCGAUCGAAAGGAAGCGUUUGAAGAAUUCGAAAAAGCAUCUCAUGUUUCUCUUUGAAUCACUCCGUGACGCUGAAGGAUGCAUGAAAGAGCAGCAGUAUGAGAUGGAGGUUGAGCAUCUGCUGAAAGUGGGCCGGUGGUUUCUGGCUGACGUUCAAAAACGAUGGCUGGGCCGGCAGUUUUUCCUGAUCAGUUUCGAUCGCUGCAGAGACACACAUCUGGAAGAAUCGCGUGUCGGUGCAGUGGCCAAACAUGAUUACGCAAUGUUUUUAUUGACGAUGGGUCAAUUCAAGGAAGCAACUGAAUUGCUAGAAAGCGCGAGGAGUCAAGCAGUUAGACAAAAUUGGACGGUGGACAUUGGAGACUCUAAGAAAUUACUUAUCAACGAAAUUUACGGCCAGCUUUUUCUGGCAUAUUCGCUGAUGAGUGAGCAUUUCAAGAAAACGAAUUCACACAUGUACGAACACUUCCUGAGAUUAAGUCAUGAGUGUGCGAUUCAGUCUAAUUUGGAUCAAGUGAUUUGCGAAUCAUGCAUGCAAUUUGGCGAUUUUUUACUUGAAAUGAGAAGCUUCGAUGAAGCACUUGAAAACUUCCAGCAAGCGUCCAAAAAAGCAAAACGAAUCAAAGCAAAGGACAUUUAUUGCAAAUCAAACGUUCGAAUGGUUGCCUUAUAUUCAAGGAUGAACGAACCGUGUAUGCGUGACAAUUCGCGCGAAAUAGUGCAAAAUCUAACGGCGGACGACAAAAAGUCGGAAUGCUAUGCCGAACUCCUGCUGCUGACCUCCGAGAUGUAUCUGGAAAACGGCCGUACCGCGGAAGCGAUCGAAGGUUUACGGGAGGCUCUCGAAAUAUACAAACAUUUGCGCAAUGAAGCUAAAAUCAUGCAGAUCUGCUGUUUGGAAGCCUCGGUCUCCACCACCGGUUCUACAUUUGGACAGUUCGUCGAUAUGGUUAGGGAUGCCGAAUGCUACGGUCCCGUUUCGGAGAACCAGAGUCUCUUCAAGCUGCUCCGCUGGACCACUGAUGGUGAACCAUUUUGGUGAAGGUAACAAUUGAUCAAAAAAUGGGUUUUUUAUUCAGUAUUCAAACAAGCAUAUUUAAAACAAAA